AUGUCGGGCUUCUUCAACCUCAUCCUGCGCGGCUUCGCGCUCAUCUGUACUAUCAUCAUCACCGGCCUCAUCGGCAACGUCAUCGCCCAGGACUACAACGCCUCCACCUCCGCCCGCGCCGCCGUCAACUUCACCAUGUUCGUCGCCGCCCUCUCCUGGGUCGUCUGCCUCUACGGCAUCCUCGCCACCGUCAUCGGCAGCCUCGGCCGGCCCCUCAUCCUCACCGUCCUCGACGGCCUCGGCGUCCUCUUCACCUUCAUCAGCGCCGUCGUCCUCGCCGCCCGCAUCGGCCACACCAACUGCGGAAACGUGAUCGACCGCCCGGCCAACUGGAUCGCCUACGGCUCCACGAACCCGGUGCACCGCUGCCGCGAGCUGCAGGCCAGCGACGCCUUCAUGUGGUUCCUCUGGGCCGCCCUCUGCGGUGCGCUGUUCUUCUCGCUCACCGAGAUGCGCAGCCCCAUGGGCGCUGCCCGCUCCUCCCGCCCGGCCAUGUCUCAGGUCUAA